UUUUCAAACAACGUCAACGUCGUCUAUUAUAUAUGUAUUUUGUGUCGUCAACCAAACUUUUGACCAAACCAAAAACCAACAAUAAAUUAAAAUUAACCUCAAAUUUAGUUCCACCGCCACGCGUGUUACAGCGGUGUUUAAUUUAUAAUACACAAGGACAUUUAAUUGUCCUUGGUAAUACAUAAUUAUAAGAAAUAAGUUUCUGUCACUAACCAUAAAAAUUUGCAAAUAUUUAACUCAAAAUGGGCCAGAAGAAAAAAAUUGGAAAGCAGAGGAAGGAUAAAUAUUACCAGUUAGCGAAGGAAACAGGCUUUAGAUCACGUGCUGCUUUCAAGUUAAUACAGUUAAAUCGUAAGUUUGAAUUUUUACAAAAGUCUCGAGUAUGCGUUGAUCUAUGUGCUGCACCUGGAGGAUGGAUGCAAGUCGCAAAACAAAAUAUGCCUGUUUCUAGUAUAGUAAUUGGUAUAGAUUUAUUUCCGAUAAAACCGAUACCUGGAUGCAUUAGCUUAACUGAAGAUAUCACCACGGAAAAAUGUAGAGUGGCACUUAGUAGAGAAUUAAAAACUUGGAAAGCUGAUAUAGUCCUUCACGAUGGAGCACCAAAUGUAGGAAAAAAUUGGUUACACGAUGCUUAUCAACAGGCUUGUUUAACCCUAAGUUCAUUGAAACUAGCAACACAGUUUUUAAAACAAGGUGGAUGGUUCAUAACUAAAGUAUUCAGAUCGAAAGACUAUCAUUCCCUUGUAUGGGUUUUAAAACAGCUUUUCAAGAAGGUUCACGCAACUAAACCUCAAGCUUCUCGUAGUGAGUCUGCUGAAAUUUUUGUAGUUUGUCAGUAUUACAUAGCCCCGGAUAAAAUAGAUCCAAAAUUUAUGGAUCCGAAGUAUGUUUUCCAGGAAUUAGAAAUUGAACCUAAGAACAAACUAAAUGUUUUCCAUCCCGAGAAAAAGAAGAAGGAUAAAGCUGAGGGUUAUCCCGAAAAUGAUUACACGCUUUACCAUAAGUUAAAAGCAUCGGAUUUUAUUAAGCAUGAGAGUGGUAUCGAUAUUUUACAAAAUGCUUCUGAAAUUGUCUUCGAUGAUCCCGAUAUUUUAAAACACGAGAAAACCACCAGUGAAAUUAAAGAGUGUGCCAAGGACAUAAAAGUUUUAGGCAGAAAGGACCUCCGAAAUCUUUUAAGCUGGUGGAAAAUAUUGCAUGAGGAAUACUUAAAAGAACAACCCAAACCGGAGGAUAAACUCGAAGAUAUAGUCGUCGAGGACGUAAAAUCAGAGGCCGAAAGCGACGAAGACACCGAUUUGAAAGGGGUAGAAAAACAAAUCUCCCAACUGCAAGAAGAAGAGCACAGAGAGCAAAAACGGAAAAAGAAGAAAGUGCAAAAGGAGCGUAAGAAAUUAAACGAACGUCUUAACCUCAAAAUGGUUUUAAAGAACGACGACGGCCCGACAAUGGAAGGCGACGAAAUGUUUUCCUUAAAACAAGUGAAAAGUACCACGCAGAUGAAGAGAGUAAUUGAUCAAACGCCGGAUACCGUCGCAGAAUCAGACGAUGAGUUUGACGAAGAGAAACGAGUUCCAAAAUUCACAAAGUACGAGAAAGGGGAGGGUCAUUUAGAUAGUUCGGGAACGUAUUACAAGGAUUCCGACUCUGAAUUGGAACUGGAAAGUGACGAGGGCGAAGAAGAAAUUACAGAAGGGCUGGGUUUAAGCGAUGAAGACAGCGAAGACGAACCCAUAAAAAAGAAGAAAGAAAAACUGUCAAAGCCGUCUGAACAAAAGGAACAUCCCCUCAUAACGGAUUUGGAUUAUCGGGAUAAGGAGCAGAAGAAGGCUCACAAAGCUGAACUAUGGUUUCAGAGGGACGUUUUUAAAAAUCUUAUAGACGAGAAGGAUGAAGACGCAGACUUGGACAGAAUGGUAGAGAACUUUAAGAAAAAGGGUGCCAAAGUUAUUGGGGAAGAUAGCGAUGAAAUCGAAAAGGAAGUGGUGAAAAAAAAGAAAAAUAAAGAAACUAAAGAGCCCCUGAAGAAAGAAAGUGUUGAUAGUGACUAUAGUUCGGAGGAGGAAGAAAAUGAAACUGACAGUGAUAGUGAUGACUCGGAUUACGAUGUCGAGAAAGAGGUCCACAUUCCUGUGAAUAAUCGAAACAAGGACGGAUUUGAAAUUGUUAAGAAGACUACAGUGAAAAAAGGAAAAUACAAGUUAUCCUCAGAAGAACUAGCCAUGGGUACAAUAAUGAUCAACAGUAAGAAAGCUAAAAGAGACCUAAUAGACUCAGCUUGGAACAGGUAUACUUUUAAUGACGACAAUCUGCCCGACUGGUUCAUAAAAGAAGAAGAGAAGCACAUGAGGAGGGAAGUGCCUGUUCCAAAGGAAUUAGUCGACGAUUACAAUAAAAAACUCGAGGAUAUUAACGUUAGGCCAAUAAAGAAAGUGAUUGAAGCCAAAGCGAGGAAGAAGAAGAGGGCGUUGAAGAAAUUGGAAAAGGCGAAGAAGAAAGUCGAGGCGCUGAUGGAUAACGUCGAUGUUUCGGACAGGGAGAAGGCGAAGCAAAUCAAAUCGUUAUACAAGAAGGCGAGGCAGGAGCCCAAAAAAGAGAUCACUUAUGUGGUGGCGAAGAAGCACAUGGCGGCCAAAAAGGUUGCGAGGCCACGUGGCGUCAAAGGUCAUUACAAAGUAGUCGAUGCGAGGAUGAAGAAAGACCUAAGGGCGCAGAAGAAUAAGGCGAAGACUGUGGGAAGAGGUAAGAAAACGAAAGGAGCGAAAACCGCAAGUAGGAAUAUGGGAAAGAAGCCGAAAACUAAAUCGAAGUAGUUUAACGUAAUUGAUUAUGUUUAAGAGAUUUAAGUUGUUAAUGUGGUGAAAUAUGUUUGUAUAUAUUUAAAUGUUCUUAAAUAAAUUUUAAAUAACCUAAAA